UAUUUUGUAAUUGUCACACCACAGGGAGAUUUUGGAAGGAAUAUAUCUACUUAAAUACAAAACUUAUCAUUGUGAUACAGAAAGCAGAGCACAAAGAAAAAAAAACUAAAGUAGCAAUAGGGAUAUACGAUAAAAUCCUUAAGACAUUGUAACUUGUAUCAUUUUUUUUCCGUCAUGUAGUCCACACUCCUUACCAGUUGGUGGCGGUAAUGCGUCCUUCUCUUAUUUGCCAACCGCCAAUACAAUAAAGAAGAAGGAGGAGGAGCCUAUGAAAGAGAAGGCGCCAAUAUUGUAUUUCCAGCGGAGUGACAGUUGAUUUUGAAUUUUCCAGCGAUGACUGAAAACACCUUUCCCCUCCAUAAUGCGGACGCUAUUGUUAAUUUCUACCGCAGUGAGGUUCUUAUCGGCCAGGAGGCCAAACAGUUCACUAAAGGAGACCUGACCCCGGUUCCCAAGCCAGAAGCAGUUCAGACGCUGUACAUGAGAAUCCUGCAUCUCCUGUACCGCUUCAGGCCUGAGUGCCACUCCAUGGUUCCCUUUUCAGAGAACAUCCAGUAUCCGGGCUACCAUGAGGGUGCUACUGCCAUAAUAAGUGUCUACACACGGAUGAGGCAGUUUCUGCCGAUGUGCCUGGUGUACGACUUUUCAUUGAAUGACCUUCUGGCUCCAAAAAAACAGAAGACUCUGGUCAUUCUGAGUGCCAUCAUGAACUUUCUCCACUUCAGGAAGGAGAGGAUGGUGUUGAUACUGGAGAAACAGGCCAAAUUUAGGACAGACAUGGACAAACUGCAGACAUACACCAGAGGCAACCGGGAAGCAGAGAAGAAGAUUGAGCAGCUAACGACCAUCCCACCAGAGCAGCAGGCCGAGGCAGAUGAGCUGGCUGCCGCUCUCUCUGAGCUGCAGGCCACCACCGUGCAUGAAUACCAGGAAGUGAACAUCAAAAACGAAAACAUUGCAGAGUGGAAAACCAAAAUAGCAGAGAAGACGCAGAAGCUGUCCCAAGUGAAGGUGGACGUCAGUAACCUGAAAGAGGACAUCACCAAACUCAAGUCUCAGAUCGUGGAGUCUCCAGAGGAACUGAAGAGCCAGAAGGAGAAGAUGAAGGAAGCUGCGAAGAAAAUCAAGAACUCCAUAGCAGAAACAGACGAGUAUGUGGUGGAGAUGCAGAACAGGGUGCAGAGCGUGGCCCACGCUGAGGCCGAGCUCCAGCAGAUGAACAGCCUGCUGCAGGACCUGGAGAGCAGCAUGAACAACACCAGGCUGCGUCAGGAAGAGUACCAGGAGCUGUUGAUUCAAAGCGAGAAGAUGCAAAAGGAGCUGAAAAGUCUGUGCAGCGAGGAGGUCCAGCUGAAGCGGGCUCUGGGCAUGAAGCUGGAUAAGGAGUGCAAACAGAACAUCCGCAGGCAGAAGAAGAGAGAGACGAAGGAACACCAUGUCCAGGAAGUGCUGGGGCAGUGCAACCAAAUCCACCAGAAACGCGAGGAGAUGGCGGAUAAGAUCCAAGCGAUCAUCGGAGAGACCCGUCAGCUGAAGGCCAAGAUCAAGAGCCUGAGAGACGUCUGCAGCAAAGAGACGGAGAAGGCCCAGGCGCUGUAUGACACCCUGUCAACAUCAAUGGAUGGUCUUCACAAGAGGAUCGAGAUGCACAUUACAGACCUGAAACUUCACCAAGAUGUCUAACUUUUCCAUAUGUCUAACUUGUUUUUUUUUCUCCUUCUGUCUGUUUAGUUUUUUAUUUAAUAAUCUUUGUGAAUCAACUUGACUGAUGAGUGAAAUAACUUGUAAUGUCAAAAAAUGUUCUCCCCAUUUUUCUUGUCUUUACCUUCUCUCUUUGCUACAAUUGUAUUUUACAAGAAAUGAAUGAAUAAACUGAAUAUUAGAAAAAGCUUUGGACAAAUGUUCAGAUUAAGUUAGGAUCUGUUUACACUCAUUAAAUGAAUACAGAAUCAUAA